UUUUAGAGGGCAAUUUCAUAAGAAAGAGGAGAAUAACGAAAGGUAGGGAUUAAGAUUGGGUCGCAGCAAGAAAAUGGCCAUGGCUUCCUUCUUCACCCUAAAUCCCACUCUCACUCCUCUUUCUUCUUCUCUUAAACCUAAUCUUCCUUCUUCUUCUUCUUCCAAUUUCUCUUGUAACUGUCGAUUACCACCCGUUAUCGUCUCUUUUUCUCCGCUUCGUCGUUUUUCGAGGCAUGUUGUUCGUAUGGCUCCUGAAGGAGAGAAGUUAACUCGCCGUUCCCCUAUCGAUUUCCCAGUCGAGUGGGAAAAACCUAAGCCAGGGCGAAGACCAGAUAUAUUCCCUCAAUUUAGUCCGAUGAAGACACCUUUGCCGCCUCCAAUGCCUGCAGAUGAUCCUCUUCAAGAGGAGGAAGAAGAGGAAGAACAGAGAGAGCAAGAGGGAGAGGAAGAGGAAGAUCCUAAUCAGCAGGAAUAGCGUAGUAAAAGACUUGUCUUGAAUUUUGCAGUUAUCUUGAUAUGUCACUAGGGUAGUGCUGCUUGCUGAAUUUAAUGUAAUGUAAUGUAAGGGCAUAUUAUAUGAAUCAUAAGUGAAGUUUAAGCUUUCUUCAAUUUUCCUACCCGCCAGCCACUUGCACUGUAUACCAUUAGUUUAAUUUACCCCCCAAUAAGACAAUUUGUUCACCUAUUACUGAUUGUUUGGUCAGGGUAUUAUACGGCUACUUGAUCAA